UCUGUAUGAGUGUUGUCCUGGCUACAUGAAGCUGGAAGGCAUGAAAGGAUGCCCUGCAGUGGCUCCUAUAGACCAUGUGUAUGGCACAUUGGGCCAGGUGAAGGCUAGUACCACCCAGGAGUAUUCUGAACUCUCUAAGGUGAGGGAGGAGAUCGAAGGGAAAGGAUCAUUCACCAUGUUCACCCCUAGCAACGAAGCCUGGGACCUGCUGGACCCUGAGGUGCGUAGUGCCUUGGUGAGCAAUGUGAACGUGGAGCUGUACAACGCCCUGCACUACCACAUGGUCAACCGACGCAUGCUAACGAAAGACCUGAAGAACGACAUGUCUAUCGCCUCCAUGUACAACAACAUGGGACUCUACAUCAAUCACUACUCCAAUGGGAUCGUCACAGUGAACUGUGCCAGGAUUAUCCAUGGUAACCAGGUGGCGACCAAUGGGGUUGUACAUGUCAUCGACCGCGUCAUCACCGCCGUGGGCAACACUAUCAAGGAUAUCCUGGAGGUCAACGAAGACCUCUCAUCCUUCAGCGCUGUAGCCUUGGCCUCGGGUGUGAUGGAUAAAAUGGGCCAGCCAGGUCACUUCACCCUGUUUGCUCCCACCAACGAGGCCAUGGAGAACCUCGGGGCCAGCUUCCUGGAACGCAUCAUGGGAGACAAGGCAGUCAUCGGAGUCUGAUGGACGCUUUAAAAUCUUCCUGUCUCUGAUGGAGAGUGCAGGUCUGACAGAGCUGUUGAAACAGGACGGAUCCUACACCGUGUUCGCCCCAACAGAUGAAGCCUUCGACGGUCUCACAGAACAGGACAUCACCAUGCUCACCAGCAACGUGAACAUCCUGAGGACCAUUCUGCUGUACCACUUCAGUAACGGCGUCUUCAUCAACGGAGGACUGGAGAGAGGGGUCACCAACCUGCUCAAGACCAUCCAGGGACACAACCUGCAAGUGCUGUCUGUGAACAGCUCCAUCAACGUCAACUCGGUGGACGUGCCACAUAUUGACCUGAUGGCCACCAACGGAGUAAUCCACGUUGUGAAGAACGUUCUCUACCCCGGGGACCUGCCGGUGGGUCGCGAGGACCUGCUGAUGCUGCUGAAGAGACUCAUCAAGUACAUCCAGAUCAAGUACGUCUCUGGAUUCUCCUACACCGAAAUCCCCCUCACCUUCAUCAAGAGGACAGUCACCACGACAACAACCCACAUCACAGUAGAAUCAAUGCCUGAAAUCACAAAAGUGACCAGAGUGAUUAAAGGAGAGCCAACUGUCACCAAGGUUACCAGGGUCAUCGAGGGCGAACCCAUUAUCACCAAGGUUACUCGAGUCGUUGAGGGCGAGCCAACCUUCACCAAGGUAACAAGGGUCAUCGAAACAGAACCCAAAAUAACCAAGGUGGUCGUCGAGGGUGAGCCCACAUUCACUACAGUGACCAGGGUGAUCGAGGGAGAACCAAGCAUCACAAAGGUCACCAGAGUUAUUGAGACUCACAGUGGUUCCUCAGAUGGAGGGCUGGAGACUGACGGAGAAAUGAAGAGGAUUCUGGAAGAAGAGGUGUCUAAGGUAAAGAAGUUUCUGGAGAGUGAGGUUCAUAUUCUCCAGGAAGAAGAGAUCAAGAAACUCAUAGAGGGAGGUGCAACCGGAUACACAACGGUCACCAAGUUCAUCGAGCCUCAGAUCAUUAAGGGCCCAGAUUUCGCUAAGAUCACCACCAUCCACGGCAACGCGGGAAUGAUUGACCAAGAGUCAGAGAGGAUCACCAAACUAAUCCAAGAUGGAGGCAGUAAGGGUGCCCCAGCCAAAAGAUCUCCAGCUGGUGUUCGGAGGAGGAAGACAAGGCUGGUGAGACGCCACAACAACCAAAACUCACGUCCGGCCCUGACCCGUCCAAACCAGCUAAGACCAGUCCAGACCAGUUCAAGCCAGUAAAGACCAGUCCAGACCAGUCCAAACCAGCUAAGACCAGUCCAGACCAGUCCAUGCAAGUAAAGACCAGUCCAGACCAGUCCAUGCCACACCAGCCCUGCAGGAAUCCCCUUCCAAAUCAUUAUAGAGGCACAGCAAGGAACACAUCAAAAUACACAACAACACUUUCUAUAUUCCCUUGAUGGGAAAAGAGAAAGUUUGAAAAUAUGUAUAUAAUUUGUAUUUUCAACCAAUUUUGUUCACUGGGCAGAGGUGAAUAAUGAACCCAACCUACAGUAGAGUGAAACAACUGGAGCAAUGGUGUCGGACAUGAUGUGUUUUAACAAUGCUAAGAUAAUCAGUUUUCCUACAUGAUAUGUUUUAACAAUGCUAAGAUAAUCAGUUUUCCUACAUGAUGUGUUUUAACAAUGCUAAGAUAAUCAGUUUUCCUACAUGAUGUGUUUUAACAAUGCUAAGAUAAUCAGUUUUCCUACAUGAUAUGUUUUAACAAUGCUAAGAUAAUCAGUUUUCCUACAUGAUAUGUUUUAACAAUGCUAAGAUAAUCAGUUUUCCUACAUGAUGUGUUUUAACAAUGCUAAGAUAAUCAGUUUUCCUACAUGAUAUGUUUUAACAAUGCUAAGAUAAUCAGUUUUCCUACAUGAUAUGUUUUAACAAUGCUAAGAUAAUCGGUUUUCCUACAUGAUAUGUUUUAACAAUGCUAAGAUAAUCGGUUUUCCUACAUGUAAGUAAUAUCUGUAUGCAAGGAAAUUAACUUUUAAGAACUAGAAGGUUUGAAAUAAUCUUUCCACCACGGAAAGAUGAUGAUAUUUGUUUUGUUUGUUUUUUGUUCCGUUUAGUUUAAAUGAUGGCCUGAUCUGGAAGACAUUUUGUAUGUUUUAUAACGGUGCUGGCAUUCUGUAUUACGAAUUCAUCUUGACCAAUAGGAACGAAGCAUUAUGUAUUAUGGAUGCAUCUCAACCAAUAGGAACUGAGCAUACUAUUACAAAUGCAUCUCGACCAAUAGGAACUAAGCAAUACUAAUGCUGUACAUUAUCUAAACUUAACAACCAACCAAAUGUUAUUGUAUUUUUUUUUACUUCUUAAAAAAUAAUCCGGUUUCGAUAGUUUAAUUCCGUAUCUGAAUGGACUAUUUUCUGAUUUCCAGUUUUUCUUGGUUUGUGUUGAUCUUUUAACAAGGCUUUCUGCUGUUAGAACUGUUGAUGUUCAGUUGUACCAUUAUGCCAAUGCAAUCUAUGCACCUUUUUACCUCUGUGUUGUUUUGAAAAUAAAUGUUCAAUAAAAGUUACAGUUCAAAGUGAA